UGAGGUCACCUUCACUUCACCUUCAGAGGUUGAGCCUUACCCAGCCUUACCUUCUGCAGCUGAGCCAGAGGCCAUGGAUGAGACUGCAGCUUCCCCUAAGGAGAUAGAGCCUAUCCCUACAGAAUGGGAAUCUCCAGCUGAACCCCUGGAGGCCCUUCCGAUCACCCUUCCGUCUCCACCACGGCUGAAAGUGUCCGCUCAACAUCCGGAAAUGACUGUGGGUUCCAAAAGCCAACCCCAAGUAUAUUACCUGACUCCAUCUCCUACUACAGAGGGUGUCAUUUCUUCGGAGCCCCUAACCCAACCUCCAGAGCCACUUCAAGAAUCUGUAGAUGAGGAGGCAACGGUCCCCAAACCAGCUCAGGAACAGGCUCCGUAUCUAAUAUUACCCAGGGUCACCUUUCAGCCUUUGAAGCUGCAGCUGACUAUAACUCCAGGACCCAGUGUGGAGGCUGAACAUUCUACAGCCCUGAAGACCACAACAACUCUGGACUCUGAGAUUUCACAUCCAGACCAGGUCCAGACUCACCAUGCAGCCCUGCCCAAGGUCACAGUUGCACAUUGGGACCUGGGAAAUACCCCAACUCCAGAACUCAAUAUAGAGGUUGACCAGGCUCCAACCACUCAGGAGACCCCUGUGCAGCUUACAGAGCCAUCUACAGAGGUGGGAGCUCAACCUCCAGUGUUGCAAGAGGUGGCCGUUCCAACGCCAGCUCCACCUCAACCUCCAGUGACACCCAGUGUCACAGAUCAGACCUUGAACCUACCACCUACACCUACCAAUGGUCCAGAACCCACUGCAGAGGCUGAGCAUGCAACCGCCCUGAAAGAACCUACAGGAACGAGUCCAGAUGCAAUUCUGACUCAGCAUCUAAACCCGAGUCCUGCUGUGGAGGUCGAACAUUCUACAGCCCCGAGGAAUGCCAAAACACCACCUCCAGGUGUCCCUGAGGUGACACUUCCACAGGCAGAGCUGGUUCAGGCGCAGCAUCCAAACCUGACUGAAGUCACAGUUCAGGCGUUUGAUAUUCAGCUGGCUUUUCAAUCCAGAAUUGCGGAAGUUGAAUCAUCUCCAGCCCUGCAGAAGACCUCAGCUCAGCCUCCAGAGCCUCCAUUGGAGGUUGUAGCUCCAAUUCAGCAUAUAGUGCCAGUCAGUGUCACAGUUGAAGCUGUGAAGACAGAAAUUUUCAAAAUCCCAGAACCCACCACGUUGGCUGAACAGUCUACAGCCCUGGAGACUACAGCAGCAGCACCUCCAAGGCAUUCUGAGGUGCCACCUACAUAUACAGACCGGAGCCAGACUCAACAAGUCACAGGCAAUCCUCUCAAUUUAUCUACAGAGGUCAAGCCUACAACUAUUUCGGUUACUCUAACUCGGCCACCAGAGCCAACUAGUGAUAUAGUAACUGUAGCAACAUCAACCGGAGUCACGGGUCAGCCUUCAGAUUCCCGAGUCACGGGUCAGCCUUCAGAGUUGGAGCCUAUCAAAGCUCCAGUCCCUGCUCCAGAGGUUGGCCCUUCUAAAAUCCUGAAGACUACAGCUCCACCUGCAGGGCAGUUUCCAACUUUGUAUCCUGAAGUCAAGGCUGCUGAGUAUGCUACCCGGCUAACUACUUUCAUUGAGUCAAAAGAAAGCACCCCCAACAGCACGGACAUCUGCGAGCUCUGUACCUGCAAAAAUGGAAUGCUGUCAUGUACCAAUCUCAGCCCGUGGCAGAAGCUCCACCAAGUGCCUGUGCCAGGAUCCUUCAGUGCCCACAAUGACACCUUCACCAUCUUAAAUUUCCAAGGGAACGCUAUAUCCUACAUUGACAAAAAUGUAUGGAAAGCAUAUCGCUGGGCUGAGACUUUGAUUCUCAGUGAAAAUUAUUUGACUGAAUUACAUAAGGAUUCAUUUGAAGGCUUGCUAUUCCUGCAGCACUUGGAUUUAUCCUAUAAUAAACUAAAAUUUUUUGAAAGGAGUACAUUUGAGUCACUCCUCUUUUUCACAUCAUUGGACUCGCUGAAUCUCCUAAAAGCAAGCCUGAAGAAGACACAGUUCAGCCUCCAGAGCAAGCAGAGGAAAUAUUCGUAGCUUCAGCUCGCCACCACUGGCAACAACACAUGGACUUGCCCAGUAUGGCUGCUAAACCUGAACAUUUACAGAAUAACAUAACAUUGCAAGCAAAUGCAGAAGAUCGGGUUUUAAGAUGGCCGACGUAGGAGGAAGGCUGUGAGG